AUGGCGGGAACCGCCGCCGCCGUUCCCAUGGACAUCGACGCCGCCGCGCCGCCUCCCCCGCCGCCUGGUGCGGCGGCCAAGGGCAAGGCCCCGCUCUCCGCCGGCGGCAGGGCUGCGCCCUGGGUCGAGAAGUACCGGCCCCAGUCCCUCGCCGACGUCGCCGCCCACCGCGACAUCGUCGACACCAUUGACAGGCUUACAAACGAGAAUAGACUUCCACACUUGUUGCUAUACGGGCCACCUGGCACUGGGAAAACAUCGACAAUUCUGGCUGUUGCGAGGAAGCUAUAUGGGUCUCAGUAUAGCAACAUGAUCCUGGAGCUCAAUGCAUCAGAUGAACGUGGUAUUGGUGUUGUCAGGCAGCAGAUCCAGGAUUUUGCUGGCGCACGCAGCCUCUCUUUUGGAGCAAGGCCUUCUGUUAAGUUGGUCCUCUUGGAUGAAGCAGAUGCAAUGACAAAGGAUGCACAAUUUGCAUUGCGAAGAGUCAUUGAGAAGUAUACAAGGAGCACAAGGUUUGCACUCAUUUGCAACCAUGUCAACAAAAUUAUCCCUGCACUACAAUCAAGGUGCACCAGGUUUAGAUUUGCUCCGCUAGAUGGCAGUCAUGUUAGAGAGCGUCUUCAACAUAUAAUAAAAUCUGAGGGGCUCAAUGUAGAUGAGGGUGGCUUGACAGCUCUAGUGCGGUUAAGCAAUGGUGAUAUGAGGAAGGCUUUGAAUAUAUUGCAGGCAACACACAUGGCAUCCCAACAUAUGACAGAAGAAGCUGUCUAUCUUUGCACAGGAAACCCCAUGCCAGAAGAUAUUGAGCGGAUAGCAUUUUGGCUAUUAAAUGAACCGUUUUCAACCAGCUUCAAAUAUAUAUCUGACAUGAAGAUGAGAAAAGGAUUGGCCUUGGUUGAUAUCAUACGGGAGGUUACUAUGUUUGUGUUCAAAAUACAAAUGCCAUCUGAUGUUCGUGUAAAGCUAAUCAAUGACUUGGCUGAUAUUGAGUACAGGCUAAGCUUUGCAUGCAACGAUAAAGUGCAGCUGGGCGCACUGGUCUCAACUUUCACAGUUGCUCGCACGGCUAUGGUUGCUGCUGCCAGCUAA